AUGUUUGAUUUACCAUCACAAUCUUAUUCGAUUUAUUAUACAAAAUCCAAUCCACCUGAAUCCACCAGCAAUAGCAACGCCAGUAUCCACACCAAAACCAAUGAGAAAACAAAAACAAAAGCGGUCGUCAACUUUCUGACUCAUCAGGAACUGGUUAAGCUCAGCAAUCGACAUUCCAAUCAAAAUCAAUCAGUUUAUGAAGCUUUACCAAUCUCCAAAUCGUAUAUUGGUUAUAUAAAUCAAACUUCAGCUUCUACAAUCAACUUAUUGCCUGAUAGCACGGCAGCAAGAAAUUUAACUGAUGCAGCAAUCACCACAACUCCUGCUCCUACUACUCCUAAAUGGCGAAAUUCAGCUUAUCAGUUGACUAAAACCAACCAGCAUCAUCAUGGCGCUACUUUGGACGAUAAAAUCACUGAACUAGAUCGAAAUGAUGAACAUCUUGACAUUCCAACAAUCGUAGCUAGAAUGGGAUACGAAUUGGAAGUAGAAGAGCCAGAAGUGAAACCAGAUCAUAAUAUUUUUCCACCUAUUUCAAUCAUCGAGUUGACUCCUCAAUCGACCUCAACUUCGACCUCAGCUCAUGGUGAAAAUGGUCAAAGUUCAAAACUUAAAACUGAGCCGAUGGGAUCUAUCAAUUUACAAGUGAAUCCGAAUAAUCCUAAUCCUCAUCAACUUGUACUUCACCAAAAGGUUACUCAUCAAAAGGAUACAUUCCAAAUCUCAUUCAGAAAUUCAAGUUUUGAAAAUGUCAAAAACAACUCACCAAAUCACUUUCAACUUUCCGCCCAAUCUUUAACAUCCAAAUCUAAACCUUCAGUUUCCAAGUUAAGAUAUCGAUCUAAUCAAACUCACCUUCAUCAACAAACUUUGAAUAAUGAAGAUCAUGCGAAUUUCAACUCUCCUUUAAAUCCCCGAUUUUGUAAUCCAAUCAUAAACAAUGAUUAUGAUUGUGAAUCAUCCAAUCACAGUAAGCGUCAGAUGUUAAGAUUUCACAAUCCUAGAUAUUCAAUCACAAGUCUUUUGUCCGAUAAUCAUCAUCACCAACUUACUCAACCCAAUCCUCAAAGUCAAUUCAGAAUCUUACCUACAAUCGAAAUCCCAUCAGGUGGAUUUGUACCAAAUCAAAAUCCAAGUCGAAUUACUAACAAAAUAUUGAAUCCGAAUUCGAAUAAUUCCAAUUUCAAUAUGUUUACAAUCUCAUUAGAUCUAAAGAGAAAAAAACCAUUAUCGAAUAUGUUAAUUUAUUCGAAUUUAUCAAAUCAUCCAAAACAUUUAGGUACAGGACAAGUUUUAAUUGAAAUCGAUGCAGUUGCAUUAGAUGCAUGGGAUUUAGCUUUAACUCAAUCAAAAGUUUCAUCUUAUAAAGUUUCUUCAAACAAUCAACCACAAGAUCGAAUUUUAAACAAAUCGAUUCAUGAUUUUAAUCAAUCUUCAAAUGAAUAUCAAGCCUUAGAAUCAAAUCCUUCUUUAAAAUCUAAACCUUCAAAUCCAACUCUUAAUUCGAAUUUUAAUCAAUUUGUUCCGGGUAGAAGUUUUGUGGGAAAAGUUUUAGAAGUUGGAUUAGGUGUUAAAAGGUUGAAGAAAGGUGAUUUGGUUUAUGGACUUCAAGAUUUGAAAAAGUCUGGUGCAUUGGCUCAAAGAAUGGUGAUCGAUAAGGAUUUAGUCGCAAUUGCUCCUGUCCAUCCGAAUUUAUCCAUGGAACAAAUCGCUUGUUUACCUACACUUGGAGUUCCUUCUUAUUUCGUUAUGAGUACGAUUUGUGCUGGUUUACCAAAAGGAUCCAAGAUCUUAAUUUUAAACGGUCAUAAAGGACUUGGAGCAAUGAUGUGUGAACUUGUGAAAUAUUUUAGACCAAAUCGAGAUCUGUGGGUAACAUGUCAUAUACCUACCGUCGCCACUAGUGUAGAAGAGAUUGGAAUUACAGUAGGUAGAUGUGAAUUUAGAGGAGCAAGAGAAGUGAUGGUAGAAGAUAGCAUAUUAAGUUCAUUGAAUUCAAUCCAUGAAUCAUCAUAUGAUGUGGUGAUAGAUACGAUAGGAGGUCGAAGGAUAUAUGAUGCAUCUCGAAGGAUUUUACAUCAUGAAGGAAUGUUCAUCAGUUGUGUUGGAGAUAGAUUACGUAUGAAGAAUUUAAAAGAUAAAGUGAAAACGAAUUUUAGAUCAUUAAGAAGAACGUUUAUCAAGAAAGAUCAAAAGAAAAUAGGCUAUUGGUGUUUGAGUCCUGAAACUGAAUAUGAUGGACAAAGGCAAACGAUUAGAGAAGGAUUAGAUGAACUUCGAAAGAUUAUUGAAGAUGAUGAUGAUUGUUUUAAUGGUAGAUUUGAAGAUGAUUUACAACCACAUGAAAUCGCUGGAAUCGAUUCGGAAGUCAAGAUGGAUUGA